CGUCGAUCUUCAAGCAAAUCCAACUUUUCGGCCGUCUGCCCUGCACUACUGUCUAAACGUCCAUUCCCGGGCACAUUACUACUCACAAUGGGGACCAAAAGAUCUGGCGAUGCCCUCGAUUCCACCCUUCCUAGACCUCGCACAAGCCGCGCAAAACGAACCAAACUCUCCCCCACCCACGAAGACCGAAGCGACAGCAGCACCGGCCCGUCCAUAGGCUCCAUCUCCGAAGACUCUGCCUUGCGCAGCACUCCACCCGCCACUCAGACCACUCGACAUAGUAGUGCCAGCUCGUUAGGGUCUCUUGACGAAGACACCGAGUCCUCAAGCUCCAUUUCCUCCUCCGAUUCCGAGUCAAAGAGCGAUGAGGAUACGGAAGAAAGAAUCGUCACCAUCGGUGGACCGAAGAAACCGAACAUGGCAAGGGAGGCAGUUACAUCAGGAGCAGGAGACCUGCGAUCGCGACUCCAAAACCUGCUCCCCCAGUUGGCGACAGCCAAUGACCUUCUGGCAAGUCAGGACGGUGUGAAUAUGGAAGAGGUGGAUGAUGAGGAAGACCACAUUGAGAUGAACCUUGGCCUGGGCGUGUUGGAGGAGGCUAGGGAUGAUGAUGAGAGCAGUCUGAGCGAGAGAGAUGAGGAUCACGAAGCGGCGGAGGUUGAGAGUACAUCCACUGCCGCCAAUCCGACCAAGCAUGUCGCCAAAGAUCACGAUGACCACAUUAUGGACGACCUACUGAAUCGACAUUCCGACAGGCGGAAAGCUGGAAUCGAAGACAUCGAUUAGGCUCGGCCGAGAGCGUACAGCCACAUCGAGCGUACGAUUGCGAAGUCGACAUGGCAUCAUGAAUCGAGCACAGCAUUCGUGCGCACCUGGGCAGGACGUCUACGGAACAAGCAUCAUAUACUCUGUAGCACAUUGAUGAAGAA